AUUAUCUUCUUAAUGAGCUGCACCUCACGUCCAAUUUAUGCACAUAGUGCUUUCAUGUGUAUAUUAUUAUAAUCACAUUUAUUCAAUCUCGAUUUCCACACUUAAAUUGGAACCGCAAGAAAAAAUGUUAAUGGCGAAUAUGUAAAUGAUUCAUGGGAGCAAUUCAUUAGCCUAUUUGGACGCCCCAACACCUUUGGAGUAGCUUUGGACAUAGUAGAAAAUGUCACCUUUGUGUCCCUUUGUUUUGCUAUCCAGCUUUGCAGUUGGUCUUGCAUCUUUUAAUUGUCUGAAUGCCGGAUACAACUGUAAAAAUAACGCCCCCUGUGACUAUUUUGGACGCUGUAAAUGCCCACCUGGAUUCCAAGGCUACGACUGUGGACUAGAUUCCUCCACUAUUUCAAGUUCUGUAGACUGUCGGGCAACUUGUCUUAACAAAGGAAUCUGUUAUAGCAGUACUUUAUGUUACUGCACAGAUGGUUUCAUUGGCUCCCAAUGCGAAAUCCCUGUUCUUAGUGCUGAAUGUGGCUUAAACUCAAUGAAGGUUCGAAGCUUCCGUCCCCCUUCGUUCCAGGGAGAGAUGUAUCUGAAACAGAGUAUGUUUGGUUGUCAGCUCAGAGAAAUGGUCACAGACGUGCCAGGUGUAAGAAUGUUUGAGUUAGAGGUCCCUCACCGAGCUAUUUCACCCUGCUCACUGACAAAAACAGUAAACAAUGAGACAGGGGACACAAUUUAUGACGUAGACGUAGCUGCCGCGCAUCACAAAGGUCUCUUUAGCAUGUCCGAUUCAGUACACAAAGUGAAGUGUGUCUAUGAAUCAAGAAAAAUUGGCGAAAACCCAAUUGACGUAACAAAGGAAAUGAAUCCUUUCAAAAUAAAGCUAACAAAUGACAACAAUCGACGACUUCAACAGGUUCAGCGAGGCGAUAUAUUCUUUUUCAAUGUAGAAAGUAGUGGCAAAAAUCCAGAUAUUGGGGGUACUCGAGUAAGUUAUCUUGAAGCGUACACUAUUGAUCAACAGACCGGAAUGGUGAGAACUGCUAAACUUCUUGAGAAUGGAUGCCCAGUUAGAAGUACAAUCGACCAGUAUGGGAUCUCCAUUUCCAAUGAAGAGCGUAGCCAAAGAGGUUUCUUUACCGGAAGAGCAAAGCUUGAAAGUUUCCAAAUUAUUGAAGGAGAGCCUAUACUACUAGAUUACAGGGCCCAAAUGUGCAGAAGACAAUGUCCACAGGCGAUCUGUAACUCACCACAGCCCUUACAGCUACCCCGGGUAACUCCAUUUAAGCAUCCCACGCAAGCAAUAGAUGUUGUGUAGAAAGGAGACAUUGCUCUUUCAUAAAUUCAAACACAAGUAUUAAUAAGACAAUUCAGUGUACUCAUUGUGUAGAAAUGAAUAAUUUUGUUAUGUUAACAUUAUUUUGAAUUCAAGUCAGUUUAAAUAUUUUGCGGAUUGUCUAAAUUUGAACACAACAGGCGGAGAGGGUACUUGCAAUAUAUUAUCUACGUAAAUAUUGCAUUCUAGUGAAUUUAUUUUUAGCUGCUUCCUGUCUGAAGAUGUUUUGGGUGAAAUAAUACUGGUCCCUUAAGGGAUAGUUUGUCCCUUCUUAAGUUAUGUUUCAAAUUCUUGGAGAUUAAGGUGAUCAAAAAAUUAUUAUCUUUAACGUUGAUUCUUAGGUAUACAAUUUGGUUUUUAAAAAAACAAUAACAAAAGAAUAAAAAAAGUAGGAGUACUACUCAUGCACAAAGGGGUUAAGAAAACACUGGCAAAUUACUUAUCUGAACAUUACUUCAUACUGAAUAAGGGAAAGAGGAACAUCAGCCAAAACCAUUAUGAUCCUAAUGAAUGUGAAUUGUUGUACUUGAUUUUUUCAUUUAGUCCUACCUGUUUUAACUAUCAGACGAUUUGCAGCAUUGCGAAACAUAAUCACUAACGGCAUCAAUAUAUGUCAAUAAAUUUAUUUAUCUAAAA